AUGUCGCGCUGUUUCCGUGGCCGACUUGCUGCUGUCAGUGGCGGCGCUAUCGGCACUACUGGUGUUGCUGCUGCUGCCGCUGCUGCCGCGGAUUCCAACUGCCUCCGCCUCCGGUUUGCCAGCGGUGAAGUGUUGGAGCAGCAGCAUGUCCGCCAGCCGCCCCUGCUGCAGGAGCGUCGCCACGAAGUCCACGCGGCUGCGGCACAACAGCACACGACGCAUUUUGCCUCACACGAGCAAAGCGUGCAACAACAAGAUGUCGAAGUAAUAUAA